AUGUCGUGGGAAGCCAUUGCGAAAGAAUGCCAAGCAAAAGUCUUGCAAGCAAUUCCCAACCGGUGGCGACUCAAUAUCGAAGAUUACAAGUCACUUAAGGAUGUGACCAGCGUGCCGUACACGUGUGGUCUGCUCACAGAAGCACAGCUCAAGAUCACGGAGUUUACCGCUACACAGAUCGUUCAGCAGCUUCAGUCUCGAAAGUUUUCAGCGGUGCAAGUGUUGGAGGCUUUCGCUGGGCGUGCUGCUAUUGCGCAUCAACUGGUCAAUUGUCUGACGGAAUGGUUUUAUGAUGAGGCCCUUGAACAAGCUAAGAAACUUGACGAAACCCUCCAAAGAGAUGGCCGAGUCCAGGGUCUCUUGCAUGGAAUCCCUUUAGGUCUGAAGGACAUUCACAGAAUUAAAGGCCACGCUACCACACUGGCGUUUGUGGCGGGAAGAGACAACAUUGCCCAAGAAGAUUCCGCCGUCGUGGCAGCUUUACGCGAUGCAGGUGCUGUGUUCUUCUGCAAGACCACGAUGCCUCAGUCAGCCAUGGCCAUCGAGACUGUCAGCAACCUUUGGGGACGUACUUUAAACCCACUGAACCGAGUCCUCAACGCAGGAGGCAGUUCUGGAGGCGAUGGUGUACUCGUGGCUAUGCGAGGCACCCCUCUGUCCCCAUCUACUGAUAUAGGUGGCUCCAUCCGUGUCCCAGCUGCUUUCAACGGACUUUAUGCGCUGAAGCCAACAGCUGCACGGAUACCAAAAGGCGGAAUGCCGGAUCUCGGACAGAGUCUGAUCCAGGUAUCUUUUGGGCCAAUAUGUCACUCGAUCGAGGAUAUGGAGUUACUCGCGAGGGUCAUCAAUGCACACCCUUUCAAUAAGUACGAUGUGACCUGUACGCCAGUUCCAUGGAAGGCCCCCGAAGCUCUGAAAGAGAAGCUGAGAAUUGGUCUAAUGAAGUGGGACGGUGUCGUGAUGCCCCAUCCUCCGGUCCUUCGAGCGCUGGAGCAUACUAGGCAUGUUCUUGAGACAGCUGGACAUGAAGUGGUCGACUUUGAACCACCUUUCGAUUGCUGGCAGUCCUUGAAAACAACAUUUGACAUUUAUUACCAAGGCGGAGCUGAUCAAACGCUGUCUGCACUCCAAGAAUCGGGUGAACCACUCAUUCCAGCAAUUGCUGAUUUAAUGCGGGUCUUCAACGUUCGACAGCUUCCGGCUGGAGAGUUACUUGAGCUGCAUGGCAAGGUACGGGCCUACAAAGACCAGUUUCUUGCGGCUUGGAACAAGACUGCCGUCAACGGCCGACCCAUCGAUGCAUUGAUCUGUCCUCCAGCGCCUGGUGUUGGUUACCCCCACGACUUCAACACUUACUGGGGAUACACUGCAUUAUUUAAUCUUGUUGACUAUCCUUCUGUGAUCCUUCCGAUCAAGAGGUUCAUCAUCAGUCCUGAGCUGGACCCGGUCGAUGUGAACUAUCAACCUUCAGAUACGAAUCCUUACGAUAGCACCAAUCACGAGAUCUAUGAUCCAAGCCCUUUAUCCAAUAUUCCUUCUACUAUACAAAUUGUUGGGCGUCCCUUUGAAGACGAGAACCUCAUUCAAGUAGCCUCAUUCCUAGAUGUGUUACUCCGAGCAUCCUAG